AUGAACCAUGCCGUCUGUGUGCCCUUUAGCUUUCAACUCGUCGCUGGCGCCAGCUAUCGCUUACACAGAGCUUCUCAACUGCUACAAACUCGGCUUUUCGAGGAUCUGUACCAUUCACGUGUGAUCGAUUCUGGACCGGGACCUAUCUCACGAGCGCCCUACAGUCCCUUUACGCCCGGGCGCCAAUUGGAUCGAGUCUCGAUACGUCGACGUUUCAAUGCGAAAGAGGUAUUCCGGCUUUGCGAUGCCUUCGAUUUUUCAUCGAGUAUCCCGAGCAGAAAGAACGAGCUCACCGUCGAUGGAGAAGACCUCGUACCGUCUCCGUGGAUUGCGGCAAAACAUUCAGCGGGCAGUCGACCUUUGGGCGUUGGAUAG